GUGAAGUGAGGAUCCCGGUCGCUCUCUCGCCCCUCUGUUUGCCCCUUUUUCAUUUUCAAGUCCCAAGCGCCGGGCAGAGGGCGCGAGUUGGUUGAGAUGGAUCUGUUGGAGAGGAACAUUAAGAAGGGAGAGGAGGUGACGGGCAAGGAACAGGAGAGGAAGGAGGAGGAGAAGAAGACGACCCAGGACUCCCAGCAAGGCCAAGGCCUGAGCCUCUCACUCGCCAGCAGCAGCAGCAGGUCUGGAAUGCUGCCAAUGUCGACCCCUCCAGCAAAUCCUGCACAGCUUACAAUUUUCUUUGGUGGAUCUGUAUGUGUGUAUGACUCAGUGCCUCCAGAGAAGGCUCAAGCAAUCAUGCUUAUUGCAGCAGCUGCUGCAGCUGCGGCGGCGACCAAAAGCAAUACUGCCACUGCUGUUAAGCCUCCAAUUGUGCCUGCCGCCACUUUUGCCCAAGCAGCGGUCUCUCCGGUGCUCACACGGUCUCUCUCACUGCAGAGCACUUCAGUAGCAACUGGACAGCCUCAGGUUGUUGCUGACCCUAGCUCAAUGUGCAAGCUUCAGGCUGAUCUCCCCAUUGCCAGGAGGCACUCUCUUCAGCGCUUCCUGGAGAAACGCCGUGACAGCAGGAUUGUGAACAAAGCUCCAUACAGCCCCGUGAAGUCAUAUGAGGGCAUGGAGUCAGCUGGGAUGGAUGUGACUGCCGAAGGCAAGGCAGAGUGACUUGAAAGACAGAGCCGCGAACCAGGAAGUAUGAAUGAUGAAGGCUGAUGUUUGGAGGCAGGGAGAUGUGUGUGUUAGCUUAUGUCACACCUCAGAACCUUACUAAUAAUGGGACCGGAACCUAUAUUACCUUUGUUCCGUUGUCAUGCGCUAGUUUAUUCUGCAGUGAAUUUGUUUACCCGCAUACCGAACCGCUAUAAUAUGGCAAUGUAUAUCAUGCCUGUCAUCUGUCUGACUAUGUUACAAUGUUCGUCUAGUAAUGAUAUAGUAACAUCUAUUGUCA